AUGAGAUUUAAUUUUUUGCAGUUUACGAUUUAUUCUCCUGGGAAAAGAAGCAGUAAUCCACAAAUGGAGACAUGGAUAAGGACCUCCUCGUUGGCAUUAAGAACCGUUUGUUUGAUCCAUAUUGUUCACUCUCAUAUCUAUGAGUUCACUGAAACGCGAGGAGAAUCAAUGUUGCCAACUUUAGCGGCCACCAAUGAUUAUGUUCACGCAUUAAAGAAAUACAAGGAUGGUAAAGGUUGCAAAAUCGGCGAUUGCAUUGUAGCAGCCAAGCCAACUGACCCGCAUCAAAGAGUUUGCAAGAGGAUAACAGGAAUGCCGGGGGAUAUAAUUUUAGUAGACCCUAGUAUGGGAUCUGAAGUUACGCAUGGCAUCACCCGGUUGACGGAUUUGGAUGAAGAGAACUCUUCACAUUUUAACGAUUUUAUAAAAGUUCCCCCAGGACAUGUGUGGGUCACUGGUGAUAAUUUGUCACAGUCUCUGGAUUCUAGAACUUAUAACUCUCUUCCUAUGGGACUCAUAAAGGGCAAAAUAGUAGCUGCGAAUGAUUUAAAUGAGCCCUUCUGGGGAGGAGAUAAAGGGAACUUCUUCGGAUUUAGAAAAAUAGAGAACGCCUACGUGGAGGAAGAUUAG